GCCUGCUCGCGAGCAAUGUGGACGCAUCUUAAGACACUAAGAUUGUACUCUUUGGUGAUUUUCUCUGAUGGUUUAUUUUAUUCUUGCAGGUCUGCUUUCUUCUGGUUCAGCAAUGACGAGCGCUCCAAAGUGAAGGCUGCGAAUCCCGAAUACGGCGUUGGUGACAUCGCCAAGGAAUUGGGCAGAAGGUGGGCCGAAGCCGACCCUGAGACCAGAUCAAAAUACGAUGUUCUGGCUGACAAAGACAAAAUCAGAUAUGAGAAGGAAAUGACAGCAUACAAAAAGAAGAACAAUCCCGCUCUUCAACAGCAAGCCGUACCUGAUGACAUCGCCGAGGACGAUGAUGACGUAGAUGACGACGAAGACGAGUAAACCACUGUGGCGCGUCUUCACACCCAUCUAUUCUCAUUCCCUCUAUUUAACCGGGCCGAAGACC